AUGUCGUCCACAGUCACGGUCGGUUCCGGGACUAAUACACGAGCCAGCUCAGUCGCUUCGAGUAGCAGCAAGAGAAGUAAAGAGAGCACGGAAAGCUCAGAUGAAGACCGCCCAAAGAGGUUGAGAAUCGAAGCACCUCCUUUACAUGAAUUUGCUAAGGAGUAUGGAAUUCCCACGAACCAGUUUGCCUGGGGCGCUCGUCCAGAAAGUUCCGACGAGGAAUCGUUUGAUGAAGAUGAAACGAACACUCCUCCCUCUAUCCCAGGGCAUUUUCGCAAGUAUCCAAAGCCGCCAAAAAGAAAGACUAGACCUCCCGUCAAUUAUUCUUUACAUGCCUCCCUCCUCAAUCAUGCUACUAUGAGCCCUCAGCCUGCUCCUGCCCCCACUCUCCCGCUACGACCUCAAGCAUCAAGCAAUAGAAGCCUGCUGGAAUUCCCUGUCGAAAUCCGAGAGGAGAUUUAUCGUGGCCUCCUCGUCUCCCACAAGCCCGUUCCCGUAUACGACGGCUGGAAGAGGGUCUACGCGCGAGAGAAACCCUGUCUGGACAUCAAUAUUCUUAUGACGUGCAAAAAGAUCUUCAACGAAGCCAUUGGAGUGCUAUAUGGCGAGAAUACCUUUCUCUAUCGUCUUCGUGAUAUGCUAACGCAGUCCCACAUGAUGGUCAACAUCCAAGAGCUGGCCCAAAGCAACGCUUAUGUUCCUGAGCGAGGCCACAGAGAGACCUACGACGACAUGUCUGAUGACAACGGAGCAGAGGCGGUCCAUGAACCUGGGACUAUCAACGUCAAAAAGUACGCCUGUCUGUUCCGCUACAUCACCUUGCAGGCUGAUCACAACCGAUACCAAUACUAUACCCAGGAAUUCAUGGCUGAUGCCAUCAAUAUGUUUGCUCAAGCACCUAGCAUGACAAACAUCCACACCCUGACCAUCAUCAUCAGCCCCCGUUACACCCGUGGCAGUUUUACUUUUGUCGACUGGUUUGAUUCAAAGUCAGAACUUGUGAGUGCGCUCAAGGCAGUCUGCUGCGAGAUAAUCCGUAUCAAAAUCUGGAAUAAACACCUCAAUGAUGGUCUCCAUCCACUCUCAACCGAACUGUUUCUGCGCGCCCACCACCUACGGUUCUUCAGACAACUCGAGAACGAGAAACCGCAGGAAAAGGAACGCACGAAGGAAGGACUCCAAGACAGAAAACCUCAAACUGGGAGCAACGGGCACAGACCAGACAUCUGGGCUGGGGAUUGGAAAAUGGAAAGACUUCGCAUCAAGCGAUUUCGUGAGGUCAUCAGCAGGCUGGAAAAGCUUCGACCUUGUGUACUCGAAGCUUGCAAGAAACACCUCGAACCAGAUGUUAAGCGACGAGGCGAUCUCGGGGACGCACAUGAGGAUGAUGAUGAAGACGAAGAGAACUGGUUUGCCAUUUUCCCAGACGAGGGGACGAGCAGUGAGGCCGAAGAGGAAACGGACGAGGAUUUGGACGAUGAGUUUGCGGCGCCGAGCGACGACAAUGACUCGGAUGACGAGGCUUGA